UAAGGCCGUCCGUAGAACCAUCGUACAAAUUUACCUGCAUUAUGCCAUUGAUACGUACCAGUUGAAUAUGUUGACAGCGACAUUGGCGUCUUCAAGCGCACCGUUAAUCUGUAAGCUCUUUUAGUACUAUUCGUGUUCCGAUUCCUGCCCAGUAAUCGUGCUGAUAUAAUAAUGGGUCUUUAAGGUAGAUGGGAAAAAUGGUAUCACCAGAGGCGUGCAGUUUAGUCCAGAGUCAGGCUGGACCUUCUCGUCAUUAUGGUACUGUUGAAGACGAACGACAGGGCCAAGAGACUGAAAGUGAUGCUCAGGGCUCUAAUGCAGUAACAACGAAUCUGACGUGCCAAGACUGUGUCAUCGUGUCGUGCAUCUUUGCGGCUCUUCUAGCGUUAAACUGCGUUACAAUAGGAUUUGGCUUGCCAGCUUUGGCGAGGAAACGAGCAGCAUACGGCAAUCUAACAGUUCCAGCUUCGAGCAGUCCAUUGAGACAGUUCAAGAGCUAUGUCGUCGUCUCAGAUGUGAAUUAUUGUGCGCCUAUCGGAGCGAACGUAAUUGCAAAGGGUGGCUCGGCAGUCGAUGCUGCUAUUGCCACCCUAUUGUGCAACGGCGCCGUACACCCGCAUGCUAUGGGUAUUGGAGGAGGGGUAAUUUUCACGAUUUACAAUCACACAACGAAAACAGCAUUCAUUAUUGACGGCCGAGAAACUGCACCUAUAGGCAGCGAACUCUUUCCUAAAGACCGUCUCUCUACCGGGGCUUUGUCUAUAGCGGUUCCCGGCGAACUUAGCGCAUACGAAAAGGCCCACAGCCUGUUUGGCAGGAUGCCCUGGAAGCAGCUCGUUCAGCCCACAAUCGAUCUUUGUAGGAAGGGGUUUCCUGUGACCAAAGAGCUAGCCAAUGCACUCGCGAAUAAACGGAACGAGAUCAGUAGCAAUGCCAAUCUUCGAUUGGCGUACUUCAAUAAAGAGAAGCGACGGAUUUUUGUCGAGGGUGAAAUCAUGACCUGCUCUGAAUUGGCAGCCAGUUUAGAAUUAAUCCGCGACGAAAAAGCAGCUGCGUUCUAUGGAGGAAGCCUUGGCAAACAACUCAUUAGUGAUCUUACUCGCCAGGGAGCUAGGUUGCGAUUAAUGGACCUUUUUGCGUACAAAGCGGAGUUACGUGAGGCCUUGCGCAAAGAUCUAUUGCAAGCAAACGUAACUCUAUAUAGCCCACCAUUACCAGGAAAUGGCGCGAUUCUAUCUUUAAUCUUAAGUAUUCUAGACGGGUACCGGUUUUCAGCUAAAAAUAUUUCGGAUGUACGUAGUGCUUCCAAAAUGUUCCAUAACAUAAUCGAAAGUUUAAAGGUUGGGUACAUCGCCAAAGCAAAUCUUGGCGACCAGACGUUUCUUAAAAACCAAACAAUGCUAGAUUACAUAAUGUCAACAAAGUUCGCUGAGCAGAUCCGUCAUUCCAUUUACAAUGUAACUCAUUCGUCAGAAUGCUAUCGUGUACCAUUUGACUAUCCACCAAAGGAAGAACGUGGCAUUUCGCAUACGAUCGUGCUCACCUCAAAUGGGGACGCUGUUGCUGCCACUAGCUCGAUAAAUAAAAAAUUUGGUUCACUCAUUUUGUCGCCGAGAACUGGCAUUCUUUUAAACAGUCAUAUGGCGGACUUCAGCGUCGAAGUGUAUGGCUCAAACGCCGUAGCCUCUGGAAAGCGCCCAAUGUCUUCGAUGGUCCCGGCAAUUUUUGUGGAUAUUGACGGAACGCCCCGCUUGGUCCUUGGUGGUUCGGGUGGUAACCGAAUUACAGCUGGACAGGCACAGGUAGCGAUACAGAACCUUUACCUUGGCAAAAACGUGAAACAGGCAGUUGACGCACCUCGACUACACUAUGAACCAGUACAUGAUAAAGUUUUUCACGAGGAGCAGUUUCCAGGCGUUUUAGUCGACAAACUGUGUUUCCGAGGGUACCAGGUAGCAGAAGAUCACGAACCUUCGGCAAUUAACGCCGUAUCGAUGAAUUCAGCUGGUAUUUUUGCCAAUCUGGAUUUUCGAAAGCUAGGUAGCGUCGCUGGGCUUUAAAGUCGUUGUGUGCAAUACAAUGACUCUUAAAUAGGAUACAAAUUGACCAAAAAGUUGUUUUGAGGGGUAAGAUGAAGUGCACACUAAGUAAAUCAUUGACUGUAAUUCGUGCAGGAGCUUUAAUAUAACCCAUUUACCUUUUUUUUUUUUAUUUAAGCUUAACUUACGCAUGACUAAGAAUAAGGUUAAUAUAGUAAAUGUAUAAGACUUUUCUAUAACCAAGCAAUCUGUGCGAUAGUACAGAAAAUUAUUUCUUGAUCUACGUGAAAUUAUUUUCGAUGUUACCUAUGUUUUGGUCGAAAUAUAAGGAAUGUAAAUAAAUUUAUGUUUGGG